CGUGCUCGCGCGCGCACGGAGACGACACCAGGAGGCCGCCAUGUUGUUGUACGGAUUAAACAGGGAGCACUGACAAUUGUAAAAGCUGUCGCCGAGUCCUGAGCGAACACGUGCCACGUGAGAGAGACCCUUGUGCAAGGACUAUGAGUGCAAAGUACUGUAUCACACUAAAGGAUGUGCAGGGUGCUCAAGCCAACAUCCAGGGCCUUAUUCACACAACCCCAGUCAUGACCAGCUCGAGUCUAAAUGCUUUAGCUUCCCGUAAGCUGUUCUUUAAAUGUGAACUGCUACAGAAAACAGGCUCAUUCAAGAUACGAGGAGCAUUAAAUGCUGUGAAAAAGCUAGCAGCAAAUAAGCCAGCGGCUGUUGUGACGCACAGCAGUGGAAACCAUGGUCAGGCCUUGGCACUGGCUGCACAGAUGAGAGGGAUCCCUGCACAUGUGGUAGUGCCCCGGACAGCGGCCUCUUGUAAAAAAGCAGCAAUUUCUGCCUAUGGAGCUCAAAUUGUGGAGUGUGAUAGCACUGAUGAGUCUCGAGCAGAGGUGGCAGCACAGACUGUAAAUGAUACUGGGGGUAUAUUAGUUCACCCCAAUCAGGAUCCGGCUGUGAUUGCAGGACAGGGAACCAUUGGACUGGAGGUGCUUCAGCAGGUGCCAGAGAUUGAAGCACUGGUUAUUCCAGUUGGAGGAGGUGGGAUGCUGGCAGGAAUAACAAUUGCGGUUAAGGCAAUCAAGCCUGAAGUGAAAAUAUUUGCCGCUGAACCUCUGAAUGCCGAUGACUGUUAUCGCUCAAAGAGAAAUGGAAAGCUGACUCCAAACCUCCAGCCUCCAACAACUAUUGCAGACAGUGUGAAGACUAGUAUUGGACCCAACACAUGGCCUAUAAUCCGAGAUCUUGUAGAUGACGUGUUUGUGAUCAGUGAGGAGGAGAUCAAGGCUGCUACACGUCUUGUAUGGGAAAGACUGAAGCUGCUGAUAGAGCCGACAGCAGGUUUGGGUUUGGCUGCAGUUCUCAGCAAGCAAUUCCAAGAGACGACCAGCAAUAUUCAGAAUAUAUGUGUAGUGCUCUGUGGUGGAAACAUUGAUCUGGCGAGUGCAGAAUGGCUCCAUGAAUAAACAGGCAAUAGGAACAAGUAAAUUCUGUUACUGCUGCAGCAAAUAAACCAAAGGAAGAACUCAUAUGGAGUAGAAGCAGAAGGUGCCUUAUUUGUUUCACAUAGGAGUGGACAACACAGAUUUUGUCAUUUGUUAUAAUUUCAUGAUUCCACGGCUUAAAAUAAAUACAAAUGUAAUUGUG